AGAAAUAUAACCCAUUAUCGAGAUUCGGCUGCUAUCAAAUUGUGUGCUCCUGUGGUCGACCUUAUGAUGGUGAGACAUGCAGGCCAAUUUGACAAAGACUACGGUAACACAAAAAUGCUUGUAAAGGAGGCUGGGCCCAACAGUCAAAAGUAG